GCUGAUUGGUGAGUAGGCAGGGCAGUCCUCAGUAAGAUGGCUGCAUUGCUGUGCGCUUUGGUGCCAUCCUGGUGAAAUGACGCAAGCUCCAGUUUACGCGCAGAGCUCGAGGCUCCAUAGCGCAGCGCAGAGCACAUCCCGCCCGACUCAGAGCCGGAAGAGCGGCGGCUAUCCUCCUGUGGACCGAGCGGAACCGGUUCGACACAGCGAGAGUGCGAUGAGGGCAGGCUGCAGAGUGUGAGGCCAUGGGCUGCACCUCGGCCAAACAGGUGUCGGCCGUGCCAAGCGAUGAAGAGGGACGCGGCAAGAACUACAGCAAUGGAGACCUGUACUCUGAUGAGUACAAGCUGAAGGGAGUGGAGGAGGUGAAGUACAUGAGAGGGGAGGAAAACCGUGUGAACGCACGCAACCAGGAGAAUCUGGAGAAGAGCAAUGCACAGAACAGGGGCAAACAGCAGAAAGAAGUCACUACUUCAAACAAGGCCAAUAUUCACACGUCAGAGAGCCAGCAGGAGUUCUUCAGGAUGCUGGACGAGAAGAUUGAGAAGGGGAGAGACUACUGUUCGGAAGAAGAGGAAGACGGGACAUAGCACAAAGGCCCCUGCCCAAAAUCUUAUACCCACUGUGUGAAUGAGUGUACCUGAGAAAGUCCGAUCAGUGUUCAACUAAUGGGACAAGACGCUGUUUGUGCUUGUAUGGAACGUGUGUAUAUUUUCUGAACAUAUGACAGAGAUAGUAUUUUAAAACGCAAGUGUAAUGAAUGGAAUUAAAGGAGAGAAGCCCUCCUCACCCCUGGAGCUUAAAGAUGGCGGAGUGUUGAAGUUGUAAAGACGAGAUGAUUAGACAAGGACUCAGUGAUGGACAUUGCUGUGAUUGGAGUAUUUGCCACCGUGACGUCUGACAAAAUCAUUUUCCCCUUCAGCAAUAUUAUGUUCUUUUGUGGCCAUCUGUCUCACUAUAUCCAAUACGAACGACUACAGCCGGCUACCCAGGUAUGGAGGCCAAGAUGGGACAAACUUAGUCAAGACGAGAAAAACGUGAUAAAGGUGGGAUUUGGCUUUUUCGUUUUGAAGAGCUGAAUGAACUGACAAUGCCUGGGUGAGGGGAAAUGGGAUAUAGAAGAAUAUAUUUGGGAUAUUUUAACAGAGUGUAUGGAAUUGUAAGGUGGUAAUUUUGCCUGCCUUUUGAAGUCACAAACCUGUAUUUUAAUUUUUUUUUUUACUCUGUUCCACAUCCAAUCAUCUUUGUUGUUUUGUUUUUUGGCUUUCGUCAUUGUGUGUCCUCAUCAAUGUUGCACCAAGGUAUUUUGGCAUCUGUGUCUCAGCCUGUCACAUCCUUCCUUAUAUUUUCAAAUAGCUCAGUCCAAUAGAGAGUUAUACUUUGUACAUAUAGUGAAAUGAUUUUAAUUUUGCAUGUACAUAUUCACUGUCCUCGCACUUUCAAUUUGCAGUCUUCUCUUUAUUUCACCAGCAGACUGUCAUGUGCGUUGGUCAAUAUAACUUAACACGCUUUUUGCUCUAUUGGUCACACACAUGCAGUCACACACUGGACUCUGGGCUGAGCUUUUUAAAAAUAUGGGAGGACACAGGUUGCCAUAGAGACACAGAUCACAUUUUCUGCCAUUUUUAUUGGUUAUGUUUUGUUGUAUUAUUUUUGAAUACUUUUUUUCUAUUAAAAAUAAAAAAAUGCAGAAGC